AUGGGAGAGAAAUUUGUGCUCUCACUCGUCAAGCACGAACCAGCCUGCCUGAGCUUUUGCAGUGACGAGCUUCGAUGCCAUGAAGGCUUCAACUUGGAGGCGAUGUCCAAGAACAAGGAAGCCCGCCACUAUGUUCGCCCGGAACUGUGGGAGGAUGACGCUUUCGUUCUUGAGGCACUGGCCAUGGACGUAGCUGUACUGGAGCAUGUUCCAGAAAACGUUCUGUUCGAUCGAGCCGUGGCGUUGAAGGCAGUGGAGACCAGGGGAGCUGCGAUGAAAUACCUGGACGCGGGCCUUUGUGAUGACCCGCAACUGGCACUAACUGCUGUGGAGGAUGAUCCAUCCUCAUUGGCAUACGUCUCCGAGCGACUGCGCGCAGAUGCCACGCUGGUGCGAGCAGCGCUUAGGGGAAGCGGCCUGGCUUUGGAACAUGCCCUCGGGAACCUUCGAGAUGAUGCGGCCCUCGUCCUGGAAGCCACCUUGGCAGGGCCAACAAUGGCAGCUCAGCACGAGUGCCCCUUUCAGUUUGCUUCUGAUCGCCUUCGGAAGGACCCGGACUUCGUGAUGCAGGUGGUUGGCGCAGCGGGUGCUGUGGUUCUUAUGCACACGCCACUCCGCCGUGACUCGCACUUCUUGCUGCGACUGUCAUGCAAGGUGCCUGAAGCCAUCCAGUAUGCAGACGAAGCUCUGCUCGAAGACCUUCCAUUCCUGCUUACUGUCAUUCGGCAGAACCCAGCCGUCAUGAACUUCGUGCCAGCAGAAUUGCGCGCAAGCGCCUCGUUCGUGCUUGCCUCGGUGCGAGGCAACGGUGCUGCUUUGGACUAUGCACCCAGGCGUUUUCAGAGCGAGCCGGAGUUCGUGCGAGCUGCUGACGACGCUUUUCCAAGCAGGCAGCCUUUGAGUCACGAGUCAUUGGAGCAGCGGGGUGUUCCACUGCAUCGGCUUGGGGGCCCGGAGAGGGCAAAGCGUGCCGGCAAUCGAAUUGCUAAUGAGUGGGAUCGCCUCGAUCGGCUGAAUGCGAGAGGCUUAGGGGACGAGUGUGGCAUUCUGGGACUGCCCGGUGAUGCCUGCUUGGAGUGGUAUGGGCCUUUGUUCCUGCUGGCACGCCUCAAGAGCAUCUGCGUUUGGAGAGAGCUGCAGCUACACGAGCUGCGAGCGGAGAGCAAGGCGAAGGGCUUGGGCAAAGGACAGCGUCCUGUUGGCCGUGCCGACUCGCACGUGCACCCACAGGGACCGGAGCCUUCUGUGAUCCUUCACGUCGGAGCUUCCAUCUCUGUGCUCCAGGACUUCUACAGCGUAAGCAACCUGAAGCUGAAGACAGGGCUUCGGGGCACGGUAGUGAGCAUCGACAAAGGUGGCGAUGCCAGGAUCGAUUUCAGCAUAGAGUCUUUUGCGGGUGGCCUCAGCGCCACACAGUGGAUCUACAAGAAGGACUUCGAUAAGUUGAGUGUAGAGAAAGACGAUGAGCUGUUGAACACUGUUCUGAACGAGUUGACCGUUGAGUUGUUCGCCGGCUUCUACGACCCUUUCCUGCAAGCAGAUUACAAUUUUGAGUCUCAAGACGACAUCCUGGGCUAA